AUGGACAAAGAUGAGGAAAAACUAGACAAAGUCCACAAAGCCAUACAAAAAGGAAACAUACUCGAUAGUGGGAAAGUAACAAAAUAUGGAAAUAAAAGGGAAACAGAAGCCAUCCACAUACGAGGUAACACCACCAAAGACAUGGCAACACAAACCCAGACAACCGAAGCAAUAAGCACGAAGAAUAGGGAAGUCGAGGUAUGCGACAUUGAAGACUGCAAUAACUUCUCGAAUUGGGAACAAAAAGCUUGCAGAGACUGGACAGACACUGUCUUUACAAAUACGACGUGCAAAGAAGGUAACCCUUUGGAAACCAAAGACCAAGCAAUGAAGGUAGUGUGGAUUGGCCCUAACGAUAAGCAAAUGGAAAAAGGAACCCAAAAAUCAUAUAAAUUCCCAGAGCUGCUAACAGACAUCAUGGAAGACUUUGGCAUCCUAGAAAUGGAAAGUAAAAUUAAAACAGCCAAGUUUGGCCAAACGACCAAACGAAAGAUAGCCAAAAUAACACAUAAGGAAAAUGAAGAAGACAUAUACGGAAAACUGGUAAUACUCAAAAACAGAAUGCGGAGAAGAAGAAAAUAUCGCUCUACACAAACCGGAAAAAAUGCCACUAGAAAGAUUCAAAAAAAUGACGGAAGCAAUAUUCCACGACUGCACGACACAAUGAUCUAUAUAAAAGAAGGCGACAAGGAGGAAAUAAAUCCAAAACAAACAACAGAGGCAUAG